UUUGUGCUUUUUUUAAUGUCCUCCAUAAUAGCAUUAGAGAACGCCAUGUAUCCGACCAUUAGAUCAGGACUGGCGAAGUUUGAUGUCAGUUUACCCGAGGAACUACAGAGCUAUGUCAGCUACUUAUUCAAUGAGUCAGCCAAACUUGGCUUUCGCAAGCGAGCACUCCAUUCCCUUAGUUCCGUGGAGGAAUUACGAGAAGCAAUGGAUAAGUACAAAUUGAAAACAUUCCUUAGAAUUCACAUCACAGAAGGUGCAUGGCAGGUGGCGCUGCUGUUUAUGGAUGAACUUCCUUCAGAUGAACUGCCACGUGACUGGUUUGUUGACGCGUGGUACCGGUGGGAGGAGGAGGAGGAGAUGAUUGGUUCAUCGUUGUACAGUUCGACGUCAGGCAUUUUGAAGGCGUGGCCAACAGAGUACGACCCUGAUUUGGUAACAUUGUGUAAAGCGAUCACCGACAGGUUCUGGAAAGUAACCAGAUUAAUCCUUUUUGGGAGUUGGAUAUCUGAAGAAGGUUUGAAGAACUUGGGUACAGCUCUUACUCAGGGUAAACUUUAUAGCUUGACACUCUGUCGCAGUGGUUUACAAAGUCAGAGAUUAGAACACCUCUGCGAAGCGCUGACCAGUGUCAACUGCAAUUUAACCAGUUUGAACUUCUCUGACAAUCGGUUAGGAGAUGAAGAAAUAAUGCGCUUGAGUAACGUGCUCACUAGUGUCAACUGCAAGUUAACCAGUUUGAACGUCUCUGACAAUGAGUUAGGAGAUGAAGGAACAAUGCGCUUGUGUAACGUGCUCACCAGUGUCAACUGCAAGUUAACCAGUUUGAACGUCAGUGGGAAUUACUGUGGAAGUGAAGGAUUAAAUCACUUGUGUGACGCACUGGUCAGCACUAACUGCACAUUAACCAGCUUAAACGUUAGUAGCAAUAGGUUUAGGGAUGAAGACAUAAUGGACUUGUUUACUGUUCUGACCAGCACUAACUGCACCUUAACCAGCUUAGACGUCAGUUGGAGUGAAGCAGGAGACAGAGCAGUAAAGGAAUUAGCUAGAGCUUUAACUAGCAAGAACUGUGUAUUAACGAGUUUAGACAUCAGUCGCAGUGAAAUAGGAGAUGAAGGAAUAAAGUACUUGUGCAAAGCCUUAACUGAUCCCAACUGCAAACUGAGGAGCCUGGACCUCAGAGAGAAUUGGAAGGUAACAGACGUGGGAAAACAGUGUUUGUCUGAAGCGAUAACUGGCACUGACUGGGAAGUUAGAGAAGGCCUGUCACUUUUCCGUUCCAUUAAGUCAGAGGCAUAGAGCUUGGAUAGGCUCCUCUUGCUACUUAUCGCCUAUCACUUAACAAUUUCAU